AUGGUUUCAAUAACUAAAACGAGCCUUGUCAACGGCACCAACAUGCAGGUGCUGGUUCCAAAUUAUUACAAGGAUGUCAAUGACUCUUUGUAUGCUGUUCAUCGAGAAGAUCUUCACAGCCAGUUGAGGUUGCUUGCCACCCAAAAGGAGGGCCCUGGACGCCCCUGUGGGGUCCUGGUGCGGUCCAAGGUUAUCAACUACGACGCCAUACAUGGUAAAGUCACAACAGCUACUGGGGAGAUUUUACAGGCCGAUCUCAUCAUCGCUGCAGAUGGAGUGCAUUCCGAAGCUGUCAAGCACGUCCUCGGUGACGAGGUCGUCACAGCUGGCGACACAGGUUGGGCCUGUAUGCGGUGGUUGGUGCCGAAAGAUGAGCUAUUCUCAGAUCCAGAGACUGCGAAUAUGAUCCAAGACUCAACCACGAGGUACUUUACGGCAGCCGAGGGUGCCGCUGGCUUGGUUUGGUAUCCUUGUCGAAGUAACGAGGUGCAGAAUUUCUUGUAUCUUUCGCGAGAAUUCGAUACUUCCCACGUAGGAGAAGAUUUCCGGACCAUGGUGGAGCCAAACACGCCGCUAGAAUAUUCCAAAAAUCAUUUUGCUCCAACUCUGCAGACCGUCAUCAAAAAAGCGAGAGACGUUAAAUUCUGGAAACUGAUUGCUAGAGGACCGAUAAACAAGUGGCACAAGGACAAACUUCUUCUGAUUGGUGACGCAGCUCAUCCCAUGCUUACUUUCCAGGGUCAAGGUGGUGGACAGGCAAUCGAGGAUGGAGGAGCGCUGGGUGUCUUGUUUGACCAGCUUCAUGACAAAGGAGAAAUUGAAAGUCGGCUGCAGAUUUUUGAGCAAGUCAGACGAAACAGAGGUUCAGCAUUGCAAGUUCUUUCUAACACCAACCCUCCUCCACCGCAAAGCGUCCGUGAAGCUGCUGCCAAGUAUGUUCCUGGAGUCAAGUUUGAUUCCACCGACGCUAUUAAUGACUACGUGCUGUCGUUCGACGUAAUUGCAGAGUCAAAGGCAGCCCUUGCGGCUACUUUAGCUUGA